UAUCAAUGAAAUCCAAACGUAAACACAUCAAAUUGAUAGGGAAGGAGAUGACUCAAAUAAAUUCUUAGAAUCGUGUUUCCAAUAAAAAUUUGUUCGCGAAGUAAUUUGGUGUUUGAUUCGCUAAAAUAUUAUUCGUUAAGGUAUUCAUACAAAAUGAGUGGUCCCGGUCCUGAUGGAGACAGUGACGAUCUGAACGGAUUAGUAUUCCUGCAGUCACACUACAUUCCGGAAGAGGUACUCUCUCUCAUAUUGAGUUACGUUGAUCCCAAAUCUUUGGUUUUUAACUGCCGACUAGUGUGUAAAAUGUGGAAAUACUUGAUCGACGAAGAUGUAUGGAGAAUUCUCCUUCGAACAGCCAAACAACGAAGUGUUUCUAAACUAUCUUUAACAGAAAGAAUGGCAUUGAAGCUACCGUGGUAUACUUAUUACACUAUUUUCAAGUUUGAUCCAUUUGAAACGAAUUUAAUCAGAAAUCAUUGUGGACAAAAAAAAAUGAAGUACUGGUUCACGGGAGAAAAAAUGAAGCGAGCUAAAGUUACUUCGAAUGGCUGGGAAAUCGAAACCGUUCCAGUGGGUUCUGAUCCUUUACCUAAUCAUGAAGAUUUCGAUAAUUGUACCAGCUGUUUCGUGACGUCGUAUUCUAAGGUGGAAAAGUACCAAAUUGUCAACUUGAAAAGUUUUGGCAUCUCAACAAAAAUCAUGGACGAACAUCAACCCACUAUAAUCGCUAGUGAAUGGUAUGCUGGUAGAUUCGAUUGCGGGUGUAAAUAUCAGAUGACUGUGAGCCUUCUAGAUGGAGAUAAAAAUGUGUUACACGAGAAGCAAAGUCCGGUACAAAUAGUUCAUCAAUGGGAAGGCAGAGCUUGGGAAAAAGUUGAACUUACUUUCGAUGAUUAUGGUCCUAAUGUGAGAUACAUCAAGUUUGAUCACGAAGGAAAAGAUACGCAGUUUUGGGCUGGUCAUUAUGGUAGUAAAAUGUCUGGAGCAGUGUUGAAAAUUUCAUUACCAGUGCUAAAAAAUUCUGAUUCUGAAGAGCUGGUUUAAAUCGUGAUUCUGUGUGCGUUAUAUUUUUAUAUGCUUUUCAAUUCCUUAUGCAUUUUAAAUGCCUAUUAUUUGUGUAUGCUAUUGAUUUUAUAAAGUCAUUAUUGUGUAAGCAUUAGUAUUUUUAAGCAAAUGAUUUUAUUUAUUGGUAUUUUUAUCGAGUUUUUAAAUUGUUACCAUAAAAAAGUGUAUUUUCGAAGUUUAUAUUCCUUAUUUUAAUUGUAAUUAGAAGAUAAAAUGAUGAUGAUAAUUAGUUGUUCAUUCGUAAAAAUAGUAUUCUACUGUUGAAAAAUCGCACCGGUGUUUAAUCAUGGCAUUUAUUUACUUAACUUUAAUUUUUUUUAAAUCCAUCUUAUUCGCUCCAACAUCUUGUGAUUUAAUUUAAUCUACUUACUUCGAUUCAUGUCUUAUAGAGCUUUGAACUUAUUUAACUGUAAAGUUGUGUUGAAUUCAUUUUAAAUAUAUUUUUAUCAUGCAUUUUAA